CGAAUAUCGAGUUGUAGAUUUUUUCGAAUAGCAAGUUUUCAUUGUAUUUAUUAUUAAUAAUUUAGUAUUCUUAUCAUAUAAAAAUGAACAGUCUUUCCGAUAAGUACAGGUCUUAUAAUUUUGCAGCGACAUUUUCGAAUAAAGUGCGAGUGUUAAAGUCUUUGAUCAACGCAUAAUAAUAAUUGAUAAGAUUAUUUAGUGAUCAGAACAGCUACCCCGAUGCCUUUAUGCAUCAGACUCUAUGAGACAACAUGUAUGACAUGUUGUCAGAAUUCAGUGUAUCGGAAUUCGAUUCAUUUGUCGAUAUACUAAAAUUGACUCCUGUUGACCCUUUAGAUACAUUUGGUGAGAUGUGGUAUCCAGUGUUUCUAUGGUCUCUGUGCUCCUCAGUGUUUGUGCAUACUUGUGCUGCACUAGUUGCGUUCGGAACACUAAGAAAGCAUAAAUACGGCAAGUUUUUCCCGGUACUCCUUAUUGUAAUGGGUGUUAUGAGUCCAGUGACUUCUGGUGUAGCAAGCAGUGCAGCUAUAGCCUUCAUAUAUCGAGCCGCCAAUUUAACAAUGCCACCGAUACAUGCAAUGAUAUGGGGGAUAGGACAGACUGUCCUAGGAGCAGGAAUUGGUUUUACAAGGAUUUUAGCUACAUUGUAAAAAAACAAAAUGAAUCAAUGUAUGUGUAAAGUUAUGUCAAUUAUGAUAGAAUAAAUCUUUAUAAAUGGGGAAUGGUGCUAAAAUGUAUGUUUUUAGUGUCUAGAUUAUAUUCAGCUUUGGUGUGGUAAUACUCAUUAAUUUACCAAUAUUAGUCAAAAUAUAAAUAUAUGUAUAGUUGUGCUUGUAUUGUAUAAGUAAUCAAAUUUUAUAAAAUGUAUUAAUUAUCUACUUAGCAACUGAAAUGACAAUCUUAAUUAUUCACAACAGCAUUCAUAAUAAGGGUGUCUGUUGUAAUUAUUCUAUAGAAUAAUAAUGUCAGGACCUCUGUGCAUAAUGUAGUUUUUGUAACUAAGCAUUCCAUUACUCGAAAUUCUUGUUCCUUUAUGGUUCACCAUAUUAGAUGUGAUUUCCCACCGACAUACCAAAAUUUUUAAAUUAUUUUAACUAAAUUAUUUAAAUUAAAAAACCAUUUUUGGUAAACAUAUUGUAAAAUUGACAUUUCGAUAAUAGUUGAUUUGUACUUAAGUCACUUAUUGGUCCAGUAAGUAUAUUGUACAUAAAUUAGACACUAUCAUUUUCUACAGUUUUCAAAGCCAUGUGUUUUAUAAAAUAUAAUGUAUUGAUAUAAUGUAGUUGUAGUGGUAGUUGUUCUUAUUUGUAUAAAAUGUAACUGUAAAAAAUGUAAUGUAUGGACUUCUUUGAUAUAUGAGCAAAAUAAAUAAUCUGUUUUGUAAAUA